AUGGCUGAACCUCCAGCCCAGGAGGAGGACUUCAACUCUAUUCCGAUCUCUGACAGGCUCGCCCACAAGAACUGGAAAGCUCGAGUCAGUGCAUAUGAGUCGUUAGUCAAGACCUUCCAGACUACAGCAUCCGACUCCGAUCCCGCAUUCAGGCCGUACAUCAGCAACCCGGAGCUGUUGAAGAAGGCCGUUACAGACGCCAAUGCCGUCGCGCAGGAAAAAGGCGUGGACUGCGUGAUUGCGUUCGUGAAAUACGCCGGCGAGAAUGCCGCGAGCACAAGACCAGUGGUCAUUCCGGCACUGGUGGACAAGUGUUUUGGAUCUUCGCGUGCUGGGACGAAGGCCAGUGCCCUCGAGCUGGUCCUGCAGUAUGUCGAAGUUGACAACGGUGCUGCCGGGGUUGUGGAUGACAUACUUCCGGGCCUGGCAGCAAAGCAGCCCAAAGUAGUAGCAAGCACUGUAACCGCGCUGAAGGAAAUAGUUCGGACAUUCGGUACGUCCGUAGCGCCGCCACCACCAAUCUUGAAGUCAUUACCCAAGAUCUUCGCGCACACGGACAAGACAGUUCGGUCAGAAGGCACUCAGCUCACCCACACCCUGUACAAAUACAUGGGUGCCGGUAUCGAGAUGUUCUUGGCAGACCUGAAGCCUGUACAAGUGAAAGAGCUGAAAGAGGCAUUCGAGGAGUUAGAGAAGGAGGGCAAGGGAAAGGGCAGCCUGAAGCCAGAGCGGAUGACGAGGGCAGGGGCACGAGAAGCCGAGGCGGGCGGGGGUGACGAGGAUGGGCCUCCGGAGGAAGGCCAGUGGAAUCUGACGCCGGAUCCACGUAUGUUUGUGGAGGAGGUCGACAUUGUUCCGAAGCUGCCAUCCAAUUUCCAAGGCCAGCUGAGCUCUUCCAAAUGGAAGGAGCGCAAGGAGGUGCUGGACGCUCUCUUAGCGCUAGUGAACGCAACGCCCCGUAUCAAAGACGCGCCGGAACUGGGCGAUAUUGCAAAGUCUUUGGCGACGUGCGUGCAUAAGGAUGCGAACAUCAAUUGCGUAAUGGUUGCAGCAAGCUGUAUAGAGGGACUAGCAAAAGGCAUGAUGAACGCUUUCGGGAGGUUCAGAGAGCAUGUUGUUCCUCCGAUGUUGGAAAGGCUCAAAGAACGGAAAGCUAGUGUCACUGAUCACAUUGGAUCCGCCUUAGAUGCUACCACUCUUCCAGAUAUUCUAUCUGAAAUCCUUCCGGCCCUGGGUACAAAGAACCCCCAGGUAAAGGAAGGGACACUCAAGUUCCUCGCAAGGUGCUUGUCAACUUCGACCAUUGUUGUCCCGCCACCGCAGCUCAAACCCCUGACGGAUGCGCUGUCUCCCAUAUUGGAGGAUUCCGUCGAAGGCGCGCGAAACGAGGCGGCUACUUGUCUUGGAACCCUCAUGAAGAUGAUUGGUGAACGACCGUUGAAUGCGGUGAUGGAAGGCCUUUCAGACGUGAGAAAGGCCAAGGUCAAGGAAGCUUAUGAGAAGGCUACAGUCAAAGCGAAGGCGGGUGGUCCGCCGAAGCCACCAGCACCGGCGGCGAAGGAACCUCCGAAGAAGGGACCCCUUCCUGCAAAGAAAGCGGUACCUUCGAAGCCCCCGCCCAAUGUCUUAUCGCGUGAUUGUUUAUUGCAGGGCAAAAAACCUCCAGCUGCCGACACUACGGCAGCGGGUGGUCCUUCAUCCUCCGCUCCUGCACCGAAGAAGCUGCCACCCGCAGCAGGGACUUCCAAAAACGCGAAGGCUGCCCCUUCUGCGACUCCUGGCUCACUUGACACAGUGAAGUUCAAACAUACGCCUGAAGAUGCCGAGGCACUCGCAGCAGAGGUCAUCCCAGCCAACUUCUUCACAGACUUGGCAAACUCAAAUUGGAAGACGAGACUGGCAGCACUGGAGGAGAUGACUACCUGGACCGAAGGGGCUGCACCCAGCCUUGAUUCGGAGGUCGUCGUGCGAUUCCUGGGCAAGAAAGGCUGGGGCGAGAAGAACUUCCAGGUCUCUGCCAAACUAUACGGAAUUCUCAACAUUUUGGCAGAACGCUGUCCAUCAUUUGGUAGAUCUUCGGUGGCGCUCUGUAUACCUCAUCUGACAGAGAAGCUGGGCGAUGCGAAGUUGAAGAAAGCGUCUGGUGACACUUUGUUGUUAUUCGCAGAGAAGACGUCGCUUCAAUUCGUAUUGGGACACGCUUAUGAUCCCCUGUCGAAACAGAAGGCGCCGAAAAUGCUCGCAGAUGCAAUUACAUGGAUCGAGCAAGCUUUGGUCGACUUCGGGAUUGCCGGCUUAUCGCUUCGUGGUUUAAUCGAAUUCCUCAAAAAUGCCUUGAAGAAUUCGAACGCUGCUGUACGUACUAGCGCGACUAAGGCUCUCGUGACUGUCAAGUUAUUCGCGGGCUCAUCCGUCAAGGAUCUUCUCGAGGACCUCAACCCUCAGUUACUUACCACCAUCUUCGCUGACUUCGAUAAGGUUGAAGGUAAUCCCCCGCCAGUGCCCACGCGCUCAUCCGCGGAAGUCGGGGAUGUCUCUGCUAGUGCGACAGGCAAAAGCGGACCCGGAGCUGGUGGAGAUCCCUUGGACGAACUGUUCCCUCGCGUAGAAAUGGAUGGUCUACUAAAAGGCACCAGCAUCCUCGCUGACGCGAAGAGCGAUGCGUGGAAGACGAAGAAGGAGGCUCUCGAGACCUUACAGGCUAUCCUUGAUCAAGGGGCAAACAAACGCCUGAAGUCUAACAUGGGCGAGAUUUCGCAAAUACUCAAAGCUCGCGUCACCGACACUAACAAAGCUGUACAAGCACUAGCUUUGGAUAUCGUGUCUCGAAUCGCGACUGGCAUGGGAAAACCCUUCGAGAAAUUCACCCGGCUGUAUACUGUCCCUAUCGCAACGGUGCUCGCUGACCAGAAGGCACCUGUCCGCGCUUCCGCUAUUCAGACGUUGACGGCUGUCGCCAACGCCUGUGAAGGUCUGGACUCUAUGGUCGGUGGCCUGACGACUGCUCUAGAAUCUCAGAACCCUUUGCAAAAAGCUUCACUUUUAAACUGGAUGGCAGACUGGUUCAAGGAGCAUCCGCCCCAUUCUGGCCUAGACCUGAGUGGUUGGGUCGCACCUGUACUCGGGUCUCUUGACGAUCGGAACGGCGACGUGAGGAAGGGAGCUCAAGCUCUGCUACCCGCGCUCGUUGCUUGUGUUGGUUAUGAUCAAAUCAUCCACCAGACGAGCUCUUUGAAAUCAGCAUCGAGAGCCGCCGUAGUUCCUCUGAUACAGGCAGCACGAGCUUCUGCUCCCGAUGCCAGCGCGCCAGCUUCUAAGGCAGCCGCCUCAGGGGCCCAUGCACGAGUCCCAGCGGCUUCGGCGGCAGCAUCUGCAAAGGCACCGUCAGCUCCGUCACCGUCACCUCCUCCCGAAGAAGCACCUUCACCUACGGAAACCUCCGCCAAGAUUGCGCCUCCGAGCAAGAUGGGGGUCCGUCGUAGACUACCGUUGGGCGCAACAGCUAGACCAGAGUCGCGCGCAGAGACUCCAAUAGACGGUCCGUCUUCUCGUCUUCCUGGCAAGCCAGGGAUGGGCCUCAAGAAGCCCGGUGCAAGCGGCCCGUCCACAAGCAAGGCCGCAGCUCCGCCUGCUCCUGCAAUAUCGUUGCCAUUCACCAGCAGUAACGUCGAUGCCAAGCGAGCGCGUUUAUCGAAGGAUGCGCAAAGAUGGAUCAACGAAGCCGGGCCAACAAGGAAGGAUCUCGCAGAGCUACUGCAGCAUCAGAUGGAACCCUAUGCAUCCAAAGAGCUGCUUGCGCUUCUCUUUAGCCAUGAUCACAACGCAGUCAACGACCAUGUUUCUGGCUUGACAAUGUUACAAGAGUUGUACACUACUGUACAGAACGGCACUGAUGCAUCCGGUCUUGCCCAGGAGGACCUUCAAGCAAUCUGCUUGGCUAAUUCCGAUCUAGCCUUGAAAUACGUUUCAAUCAAGGUUCAUGAACCCCAGUCGAAUUUGGUACAGAAGUGUCUGGAGGUUAUAGAAACCGUCAUAUCGUUCCUUCAGAGCAUCGACUAUCAGUUCACGGACCCCGAAGCAGUAUGUUUUAUCCCGACUAUAGUCUUCAAGCUUGGUGAUGCGCGAGAACCUGUACGUGCUCGUGUUGCGCAGAUCGUCCAGACUUUGCCCAGAGUCUACGCAUACAGUCGUGUUUUCCAGCUAUUGCUAGAGUAUGGGUUGAGAUCGAAAGUCGCCAAGGCUCGUCAAGGCACUCUGGACGAACUUGCGAACCUGCUGAAGAAGUUCGGCAUUGGUGCCUGCGAGCCGCCGAAGGCAUUCCCUCUGGUUGCAACGAUGAUUUCCGACAAGGAUCCACAAGUCCGCAAAUCGUCGUUGCUCGUACUGAGUGAGGGUUACACCCUUGUCGGUGAGAGUAUUUGGACAUUUGUAGGGCAUUUGUCACCCAAGGACAAAACCCAAUUGGAGGAACGUCUACGUCGAGUGCCUGGCGUUAGCAGUCCAGAUAGGGCUGAAACUGCACAAAUAUCCACGCAUGCAUCGAGGCUCUCAUCGGCGAUCCCUAGAUCGGGUUCGCCUGCACCUGGACCUGCCUCACGAAUUGGAGCAAUCCCACGAGCGACAAGCCCCUCGAUGGUCCCAUCAUCUCGUCUCGCUCGCCCAGUAUCACCCGCUUCUAGUGUCGCGAGAUCAACAUCUCCGGCUCCGAGCAUCAAGAGGCCAACCUCUCCACCGAGGUCGACGAGAAUCGGUGGACUGUCGCAUCUUCCCGGACCAUCGUCUCCUUCUGCCAUUGGCCGGCCCAAGAGCUUGCUUCCGUCUCGAUUGGGCCCUCCAAGAGCUCGUAUGAACGGAGCCCCUCCAUCAAUCGCCAGCUCCAUCGCGUCAUUGGACGAACCUACACGCAUAGAGCCCCCCAUCUCUCGUCGCUGGAAUGGGAACGGGCAGGUGCUUCCGCCUCCCCCGGAGGAACCCGAGGAACCUGAACCCCCUCGUGCUGCGAACGACAUUACGGUCUCCAUUUCUAGCAUACUCAGUAACGAUUCGUCACGGAGCGUUGACGCACUGAAGAAGAUCCAGAAGGUGCUCGAGAUCAAUCCAGACGAAGGACCAUCAUCUGCUCCAUAUCAACAACUCGCUGAUCAUACCGAAGGCCUCAUCGAGACCAUCACGCUUCAAAUGGCGCACGUCUUUGAGCGGCCAGAAGACAUUACGGUUCCGGAGAACUUCCGCCUGGCGAAGCAUCUCAUCCAGACCCUGAAUGCGUUCUGCGACCACGUGUUCCUGGCAGAAUCAUUGACGGUCGACAUACUGACGUCGCUGCUCGAAGAACUGACGUUGCGCUUACUACAAACGGACAAUAGUCCAGAUAGCAGAGUUAAAGAUCUGUCUCGGUUCAUCAACAUGAUCAUCCUACGGUUAUUCGCAACCGGACGGAGAAUGUCCAUAUUCCGCGCGCUAUUCGCGUUGCUACUACAGAUUGUAAAGCCGUUCCCAACCAACGGCACCUCGGCGGACGCACAGGAUGCAAAGGUUGCUGAGCUAGUCUUGAAGUGUGUCUGGAAGCUUGCACGUAAUCUCCCGCAGGAUCUUCAGAACCAGGCGCUAGAUCCUGUGGAACUUUUCCCCGCCGUAGAGCACUUCUUGCAGUCGGUGCCUCCAAACGAAUGGCGUGCAAGAGCGACGAAUAAGGUGCCAUGUGGUGACAUGCCUCUUCGCACAAUCAAGGUCAUUAUCCAGCAUGUAGUUGCACACUACGGUGACGAGGUCUACGACAUUCUGUCUGCGUCAUUCGAUGACCCCUCUGCAACCAUUGUCUACCCAUACGUGUACCGCAUCUUGAACUCAUCCACGAAGACAGCAGCGGAGGUCCCAGUUCGAGCUGGCGGCCUUGGUCUCGAGGAGACUGGUCGUCAAUCAUUCCCUUCGUCGUCGAGUCGACCCAUUUCCCCGCACGGAACAUCUUCGUCUGUUACUUCAGACCUUCAACCCCAGUCGUCUUCUAGUCAUGGGCGGAGCCAUAGUAUAUCGUCAACUAAUGGACAUGCCUUGACCACGAAGGAGCCAGAUCCAGACGAUCAGCUAAAUGUGAUCAUUCAGCACAUUUCGAGCGAAACGACGGGUGCAAUGCACAAGGAGGGAAUUACUGAGCUGCACCACUAUCUCAAGGAGUAUCCUCACAAGAAAGCGAAGGUUGACAAGAUGCUUGAGUCGACAGGUCCUGCGUUCCGGAAAUACAUCACUCGAGCACUGGCCAGCCGGGCAGCAGAGGAUGAUGAGCGUACAGUAGCAGUUGCAAACACUUUGUCAAAGCUGGAGUCAAAUGGCCGCGAACGAACUAGCACGUCGUCGAGCUACAGUCCAGCUCUGGACAGUAGUCAUAUAACAAUGCCCACAUCCCCUACACGCUCAGAGCGUUCUCCCCGCUCACCACCACGGUCCAGUGUAUCUGAACUCCCUGAGGCUCAGCAGGAGAAGCUCUCAAGACUACAUGACUUGUUCCAAUAUCGAUCCAGUAUUAUUAGCAACGGGUCAUCUCAUGGGCGCUCAACGCCGCUGUCGCGGGGGGCUCCUGGUUCAGGAUAACGUCCGCAGUGACGAAGAGGUUCUAUAUUGCUUGAGAUUGUUGACAUAUCUGCGUUCGUGUACAUUGUCCUCGUAUUAAUGGGUUGCUGUAGGAACAUUUCGCUGUAUGUAUACCCGAGAUCUGUGACCUCCCACUGAUAUAGAAUUGGACGAGGUGCAUAAUUCGACGUGGAGGACUA